AUGUUCACUUUGAUUUGUCUGUUCUUCCUCAUGAACAUUCCACUUCUUGUGUCCAGUUUCAUUCAUCCCAGGUACUUUUGGAGAAUGAAGCAGAAUAAAGACAAGGAUGGAGACCUGUUGACAGGUUGUAUCUUCUUCCUUAGGGCUGUGGAGGAGCAUGUUGAGAAAGAUUAUUUCAACUACAUUCUGAAUACACAAAUACCAACUGAAAACAUCCAGUUUCCAUUGGCCUUAACUUUUUCCGUGGAUGAAGUCAAUAGGAACCCUGAUCUUUUGUCAAAUAUGUCAUUAGUAUUUCAUUGGCCCAAAGAUGGUUGUAAGACUAUGUCAAAAUUAUACAGUCUCAUGCCUUUAACUGAAGAAAAUCAAGAUAUUUACCCUAAUUAUGAGUGUAAUGAAGAGCCUACUUGUUUAGUGGUGCUGACAGGACCAAAGUGGGAAACAUCUGCUAUGUUUGGUACAUUGCUGGACCCCUACCUAUCUCAACAGAUCCUUCAGCUUACCUAUGGACCUUUCCAUCCUAUCCUGAGUGAUCAUGAAAAAUUUCCCUAUCUGUAUCAGAUGGCCCCCAAGGACACAGCUCUACCCGUGGAAAUGGUCUCUUUGAUGCUUCACUUCAACUGGAACUGGAUAGGACUGGCCAUCUCUGACAAUGACCAGGGUACCCAAUUUCUCUCACAUUUGAGAACUGAGAUGGAAAAAAAUAUAGUCUGCUUUGCCUUUGUAAGCAUGAUCCCAGCCAACAUGCAUUUUUACAUGUCAAGAGCUGAAGUGUAUUAUAACCAAAUCAUAACAUCAUCUGCAAACGUAGUUAUCAUUUAUGGCGACACAGACAGUACUCUAGCUGUGAGCUUUAGAAUGUGGGAAUCCCUAGGUAUACAGAGAAUAUGGGUGACCACCUCACAGUGGGAUGUCACUACAAGUAAGAGAGACUCCACAGUUGGCUCAUCUCAUGGGACACUAGCUUUUACACACCACCAUUCUGAGAUUUCUGGUUUUAAAACAUUUGUCCAGACACUGAACCCUCUGAAAUACACAGAUGAAUACAUUGCAAGGCUGGGAUGGAUGAACUUUAACUGUGAAGUCUCAGCUUCUAAGUGUAAGACACUGAAGAAUUGUUCAUCCAAUGCCUCAUUACAAUUUCUAAUGGGACAGACUAUUGACAUGGACUUUAGUGAUGACAGUUAUGACAUAUAUAAUGCUGAGUAUACUGCAGUCCAUGCUGCUCAUGAGAUGCUUCUUCAACAUGUGUAUAAUGGGAAUGAACACUAUGGUAACUGCUUAAAGCUGCACUCCUUUCUAAGGAAGACUCACUUCAUUAAUCCUGUUAGAGAAAAAGUGAAUAUGAACCAGAGAGAAAACCUACAGGCAGAAUAUGACAUUUUCCAGAUUUGGAAUUUCCCAAAUGGAUUUGGACUCAAGGUGAAGAUAGGAGAGUUUAGUCCAUAUUUUCCACAUGGUCAACAGCUCCAUUUAUAUGAAGACAUGAUAGAGUGGGCCACAGGAACUAGACAGGUAUCCAAUUCAAACUUUCUGAUAGCUUUCAUUGGGCCUAGAGAUGUGGAAAAAUGUAUGAGGUGUCCAGAGGACAAGUAUGGCAACAGAGAGCAGAACCAGUGCAUUCCCAAAUCUGUGGUCUUUCUGACCUAUGAAGAUCCCUUGGGAAUGACUCUUGCCUCAAUAGCCUUGUGCUUCUCUGCAUUCACAGUGCUUGUUCUUGCAGUCUUUGUCAAGCAUCAUGACACUCCCCUUGUGAAGGCAAACAAUCAGAAUCUUAGUUACAUCUUGCUUAUCUCACUUAUGUUUUGUUUCUUGUGCCUCUUGCUCUUCAUUGGCCAUCCCAACUCAGCUACCUGUAUUCUACAGCAAAUCACAUUUGGAGUUGUAUUCACUGUGGCUGUUUCCACUGUCUUGGCCAAAACAGUGACUGUGCUUUUGGCUUUCAUAGUCAUAGCCCCUGGAAGAAGGAUGAGGUUCUUCAUGAUUUCAAGGGCACCCAACUACUUCAUUGCCAUAUGUACCCUUAUCCAAAUUAUUCUCUGUGCAAUAUGUCUGCUAGUUUCUCCUCCCUUUAUUGACACUGAUGCACACUCUGAGCAUGGCCAAAUCAUCAUUGUGUGCAACAAGGGCUCAGUUACUGCAUUCUACUGUGUCUUGGGAUACCAUGGCUCCCUUGCCUUAGGGAGCUUCAUUGUGGCUUUCUUAGCCAGGAAUCUCCCUGACAAUUUCAAUGAAGCCAAGUUGCUGACCUUCAGCAUGCUGUUGUUCUGCAGUGUGUGGGUCGCCUUUCUCCCUUUCUACCACAGCAUCAAGGGCAAGGUCAUGGUGAUGGUGGAGGUCUUCUCCAUUUUGUCCUCAAGUGCAGGCAUGCUGGGAUGUAUCUUUAUCCCCAAGUGCUAUAUAAUUUUGUUCCAACCAGAGAGAAAUUCUCUUCAAACGUUAAGGGAGAAAACAUCUUCCUGA